AUGCCGGUCUAUAUGCUCCACGGCUUCCGCUGGCCCCGCGCUGGUUUCACGGGGAUCCGCGUAUACAUCGUACUCCACAACCUGGAAGAAGCAGCGGCGGAAUACAUCCAGCAACCGCUGACGACAGAGCUCCUCGCAGAAUCCUUCCACAAAACACAAUCUGACCUCAUAACCCGCUUGCCAGAACUGUCUUUUAUCGAACAGUAUGACCCCGCCGAUGAGGGCAGUGCCACUGUCAGCCAGGACCAUGCGUAUAUUUCAACGCGGGUUCUAGAGAUUCCAGAGGAUGGGAGUGGUGGUGCCGGUGGAGAGAAUAUCGAGGAUUGCGUGGAACAGGGCUCUGGGUUGACGGACGAUCAGACGGCCGCACUGGAGGCAUUGCGCGAUCGUCUAGCGCCCGGCGAGAAGAUCGGAUGGUAUCUUGUUUACAAUGGGGAUCCUGAACGGUGGUUCCCUGAUUCUGAGGAUGAGGAGGACUACGAGUCUGAGGACUCUGAGGAUGAGAGCCAGACUCAGCAACAGAGUGAGGCCCAGAGCCAGAGGGAGAGUAGGAGUAGUUUUACAGAGACUCCUAGCCCGCAAAGCUAUACAAGUCGUCUGACGCGAUUCUGGAAUCGGAUGAGCUCGGGAUGA